GACUUCCUCCUCCCCCUGUAACCACAGCCCAUAGUAGCAGGCAGCCACGAAGCAAUCAAGAGAGAGCGAUGGCGAUGCCAUGGACGUCGUCCUCGGAUGCUUAUGGCAGCAGGUGCCUUAAGCACCCCGACCGCCGCCCUUCUCCCGGCGUCUGCUCCCUCUGCCUCAAGGAACGCCUCGCCCACCUGUCCAGCUGCAAGCCCUCCUAUUCCUCCUCCGCUUCCCUCUCCCUCUCCUCCCCUAACUCCCACCAUUCCUCCCGCUCCACCUCCUCUUCCUUCCUCGACUACUCCUCCUCUUCCCCCUCCACCCCUUCUCGCCCUCCUCCUGCUUCCUCCUCUUGCGCCGCCGCCCAACCACGUUCCCGGAUGUCGUACCUGAUACACAAGGAGGGUCGAUUCACCGAGAGAUCCGGCAGGCUGUGGCCUCUCAGAAGGAGCAGUUCCGCCGCUUUCGAGGUCAAGAAAUCCAACCUGGAGAAGAAGCAGAAGAAGAUCGCCAGUGGUGAUGGUGGUGGUGGCAACGGUUUGUGGUCGUUGCUUCUCCUGAAGCGGAGGAAGGAGGUGGCGGAGGAGGAUCAGAAAGCCAGGAGUCGGAGCUGGCGCCUUACCCACCCCAAAACCGUGAAGGAUAUCAUCCCUCUUGGUGUCAUAUAGAUCCAUGACCUCGACAAGGCUCAGAAAUCCAAAGCCUGGUAAGGUCCGUAGGUGAUUGAUAAAAUUCGUAAGCUGGCUCAACAGAACCGACCAUGCUGAUGCUGGGGGUACGUUGGCAACUAGCAGAGAGAUCGAGUGAUUCCCACAAAAAUCCAUGCUGUGAACACAAAAUUAUGUACAAAAUAUUUGCACCCCCCAAGUUAUCCCUAUGGGGUGCUGUAUAUUUUCUGGUGGCUAAACGCUAACCACCGGAUCAUGUUUGAUUUCUCCCCUUUGAUAUAUUUACUUGUUAAUGGUAAAGUUCAUCUCUUGAGUUGUUGUUCCAAUGUGUAAGACAUUCAUUCAAUUUUGUCUGUGGAGUGCAAAUUCAUUUCAGCGUCCAGUCCA